AUGAAUUCCCAAGUGGAUAUCUACGUCUUUGGGGACCAGACACUUGACGUCUCGAAGAAAUUACAAGGUCUCCUUGUUUCUGAUUCUACCUUGUUGACUGAGUUUUUCGAUGGAGCUUUUCGUACAUUACAGCGUGAAAUAUCACGUUUGCCGUCAUCCAAGAGGCAGGAAUUUCCACGGUCGGAAACCCUUGGGCUUCUACUAGAAGCGAUUCAGAAUGGCAAACGGCAUUCAGCUCUCGACAGCGCAUUAGUUACCAUUUACGAGAUUGCUUACUAUAUUCAGUGGGUUUUGCUUUGCGCUAAGACCAUCUUCGAUAUCAAACAAGUCGGGGUACAAGCCGUUGCUGCUGCUUUUAGAAUUGGCUAUCAUGUACAUCAGAGAGCAGAGGCCUUAGGGUACUUCGAAGCGGAGUCAUGGUCAGCAGUGGUUUCCCAUAUUCAAGAGAUCAAGGAGGAGGGCUUGAUAGAGGCCGUAGUCAAGUUCUGCACCGAACAGGGUCUCCCACUAUCGUCACAACCAUACAUCAGUGCUGUCGCUCCGACCUCCGCGACAGUCAGCGGACCACCCACGGUGCUACAGAAUCUGCUUUCAUCCCCAGUCUUCUCUGGCAUGAAAUCGACCCUCGUCCCUGUCUAUGGACCCUAUCAUUGCCCACAUGCAUACUCAAAGUCAGAUGUCGAGCAAAUCCUUGAUUCGGUUCUAGACGGACUCGAAUUCCUCGACCGGGUGGCUUACACGCCGUGCUUAUCAUGCGCCUCACAGACUCACGUGAACGAUUCCACUCUUGGUGGUCUUCUACGAGAGUUUGCAAGCCACGCUCUUGCCAAACAAAUGCGCAUAGAUCAAGUUAUCGAUGGCCUGUCUGAGCUUCCAGUAGCAAAACUGAUCCCGGUAAACACCCAGAUGCUGCCAACUCUAGCAGCUGGGCUGCGCCGGAAAGGAAAAGCUGUCGAAACCGAAGGAACUGUCCCCGCUCCUACUCAGACCAAGUCAGACUUGGAUUCACAAAAGAUUGCGGUCGUUGGCUUCAGCGGGCGAUUUCCGGAAGCCGAUAGCAUUGCAGAGUUCUGGGACCUGCUCCAAAAGGGUCUGGAUGUCGUGAAGCCGGUACCUGCAAAUCGGUUUGAUGGGGACGCCCAUUUCGAUCCUACAGGAAAGCGCAAAAACACGAGCAGAGUCAACCAUGGCUGUUGGAUCAGAGAGCCCGGCCUGUUCGACACUCGAUUUUUCCAGGUCUCGCCUCGAGAAGCCAGCCAGAUGGACCCAGCACAGAGACUCGCUCUUCUCACCGCCUACGAGGCUAUCGAAAUGGCCGGUCUCGUCGCGGAUCGAACGCCUUCGACCAGAAGGCACCGCGUGGGUGUCUAUUUCGGCACGACUAGUGACGACUGGCGAGAAAUCAACAACAGCCAGAACAUCGAUACUUACUUCAUCCCAGGGGGUAUCCGGGCCUUCAUCCCUGGUCGGAUCAACUAUUUCUUUAAGUUCAGCGGGCCAAGCAUCUCGGUCGACACCGCUUGUUCGUCGAGCCUGGCUGCCAUCAAUAUAGCUGUCGCGUCUCUCUUGAAUAGGGAUUGUGAUAGUGCGAUCGCCGGUGGUACCAACAUCCUGACUAACCCAGACAACUUCGCUGGUCUAGACCGAGGUCACUUCCUGUCGACUACAGGAAAUUGCAAGGCCUUUGACGAUGGAGCAGAUGGAUACUGUCGCGCGGAUGGCAUCGGGACCGUAGUGCUCAAGCGCUUAUCCGAUGCCAUUGCCGAUAAAGAUCCAAUCUUUGGGGUCAUCAUGGGUGCAGUCACCAACCAUUCCGCCGAAGCAGUUUCCAUUACCCGGCCUUUAGCAGAUGCACAGGAGUACAUCUUCAAACGCCUGCUGAACGAGACGGGUGUUAAUCCACACGACGUGUCAUAUAUCGAGACGCACGGCACUGGAACGCAGGCCGGCGACGCGGUGGAGAUGGAGGCUAUCUUGAAUACUUUUUCUUGGGAUCACAGUAGAGCCUCGAAUAAAGCCCUACACCUGGGCUCCGUCAAAGCCAAUGUAGGACACGGAGAAUCUGCGUCUGGUAUCACAGCUCUGAUCAAGGUCUUGUUGAUGAUGCAGAAGAGCAAGAUACCACCACAUUGCGGGAUCAAGGACAAGAUCAACAAACAAUUCGCCAAGGAUCUGAGCCAACGUGGGGUGCAUAUUGCACUGACCGAGAAAGACUGGAACCGACCCAAGGGUGGCAAACGAAGAGCCUUUGUCAAUAACUUCUCCGCCGCUGGUGGUAACACAGCCUUGCUGGUGGAAGACGCCCCUACUCGUGCUGUAGAAAUCGAUGGGCCGCAAGAUGGGCGAUCACACCAUGUGGUGACCGUCUCAGCCCGGUCAGCGAAGUCUAUGAAAGGAAACUUAGCGGCUCUUGCAAGCUACAUUGGAGAGUCUGAGGGUUCACAUUUACUGUCUCAGAUCUCGUAUACCAGCACCGCUCGCCGUAUGCACCAUCGCCUCCGCUUAGCUUUUGUAGCAACGGACUUGCAGCAAUUGAGAAGUCAGUUGACAGAAGCCGCCACCAAUGCCACCGAAAACUUGAAGCAGACUUCAACUGGCAAAGCUCCUAGAAUGGGCUUCCUCUUUACUGGUCAGGGUGCUCAGGAAACGGCCAUGGCUAAAGGGUUCUUCCAAAACGUCAGCACCUUCCACUGCGAUAUCAGAAACUUUGACGCCAUAGUCAUGGCUCAAGGCUUUCCAUCAGUGCUCCCUUUGAUAGAUGGAAAUGUCGUCGUCGAAGAACUACCCCCAACCGUCGUGCAGCUAGGAACAUGCGUCAUCCAAAUCGCGUUGGCUCGUCUCUGGAUCAACUUGGGAGCAAUGGCACAGUAUGUCAUUGGCCACAGCCUGGGUGAAUAUGCCGCUCUGCAUACUGCAGGUGUUCUCAGUAUCAGUGAUGCAAUCUGGUUAUGUGGACUUCGUGCCACGCUAAUGGAGAAGAGAUGCACCGCCGGGACUCACUGCAUGUUGGCUGUCAAGGCGUCACAUGAACAGUUGAGACUAGUGAUUGCUGGGACAGAAGUUGAAGUUGCUUGUGUCAACGGCCCACAAGAUACGGUACUGGCUGGACCCAACAUCGAUAUCGAAGAAAUCUUACGCAAGCUCGAUGAGCUCAAAUACAAAUCCAGGAGGCUGGCCUUGCCUUUUGCCUUUCAUUCGUCGCAAGUCGCACCUCUCCUCGACGAGUUUGAGAAGGCAACUUCUCGCAUCACUUUCCAUAAGCCCAGGAUGCCAUUUUUGUCGACCUUGCUGGGCCGUGCUAUCCAGUCUGGAGAUGUGUUUGGAACUGAACGGUACCUGGCGAGACAAUGUCGGGAGUCAGUCAAUUUCCUCGGCGCUGUUGAGUCCGGCCAAGCGGAUGGCAUCAUCAAGUCUGAAGACAUUUGCAUCGAGAUCGGCGCACAUACCGUGCUGUCGAAAAUGAUGACGUCGAUUGUCGGAGCGAAGGUGCGCUGCUACCCAUCUCUGCGUCGGGGUGAAGAUACUUUCAAGACCCUCUCAGGGUCUCUGGGUGCACUUUAUUCUGCCGGUGUGGAUAUAGACUGGAACGAGUACCAUCGUGACUUUCCCUCUUCGCAAAAAGUCCUUGAUCUGCCCAGCUACAGCUGGGACCUCGAGAGGUGCUGGAUUCAGUACAAUCCCAGCUGGUGCUUGACCAAAGGAGAUGCUGUGUCAACGGUCGCGCCACUAGCUUUGCGAUCGAAGCCGACAAGACUGAGCGCUUCGGUGCAGGACAUCCUUGAGCAAACGGUCGAUGAAGACCAUGCUCGUAUUGUGAUCCAAUCCGAUCUACAUGACCCAGAGCUCGCGCAGGCCGCACAAGAACACGUGGUCGGUGGUUUGGCGCUCUGCUCUUCUUCGCUUUAUGCAGAUAUUGCCUACACUUUAGCUACGCACCUGGCAAAAGCUCGAUAUCCGAAUGGACAAGCCAUUGUGCCAGAUGUAUGCAAUAUGUCCGUCACGAAGUCCCUGGUGGUUAAAGAUGAAGCAUCACAGCUCAUCGGAGCAGCCAUGGAUAUUGACUGGACGUCUGGGCGUGGAAGUAUGGAUAUCUCCAGCGUUGACGGCUCGGGAAAGAGCAUCGCCUUACACGGAACAUGCGACAUUGUUUUCCAGGAGCCACGAGUCUGGCUUGAAAUGUGGGAGCGCAACUCUUACCUGAUCCAAAGAAGCAUCCAGAAGCUACACCAAGGCGUCGAUGCAUCUCUUACCCACAAGUUUGGCGGUGGGAUGGCAUAUAAACUGUUCUCGGUUCUGAUGAAGUACGGCCCAUCGUAUCAGGGCAUGGAAGAGGUGGUAUUUGACAGCUUGGGACUCGAAGCCACCGCCAAAGUCCGCCUGCAGCCUACAAAAGGGAAGUACGGGCUCAAUCCGUGCUGGAUCGACAGCUUCGGUCACAUCACAGGUUUCGUCAUGAACUCCAACGACAGCCUCGACCUCACAGACCACGUCUACGUCAACCACGGAUGGUCUCACAUGCGCUGUUCGGAACCAUUCAUUCCAGAUGUCUCUUAUCAGACGUACGUCAAGAUGCAGCGAGUGGAAAAGGAUAAAGACACCGCUUACGCGGGCGACGUGUACGUGCUGCGCGAGGAAAAAAUUGUUGCCGUCUACGAGAGAGUCCAGUUUAACAAAUUACCACGUCGGAUCUUGAACAUGAUGCAGCCUUCCUCCAACAAGAAAACGGGCAAAAUUUCGGCGCGGGCUGCGGUGAAAAAGCCUGAAGUCCCCAAACCGGCAUCCAAGGUCAGUGAAAAGAUAUCGGCCGCACCAAAGUCUGCUCCAAAAGAGUAUGGCCGGAAGAGUACCGUCUUUCAGAAGGCUCUUCAAGUGAUCUCGGACGAAAUGGGAGCGGACCUGGAGAAGCUUGCUGACGAUGCAUGCUUUGCUGAUUAUGGAUUGGACUCUCUUAUGACGCUGACAAUCCUUGGCACCUUCCGCGAAUCCCUCGCGCUAGACUUCCCUGGAUCUCUAUUCGAGGACUACUCCACGAAGAAAGCUCUUCGAGACCUCCUGUCUCCAUCAAUGCCGGGAAGCUCGACUGAGGAUUCGGACUUGUCGGAAAGCAAGAGCGACAUUGAUGGUAUCAACACCACGAUGACCACGCCGACUGAAACGCCUGCGCAUGGGUUUAAUCAAGCCGAGGACACUGUUGUUAUCAUCUACCCUCUGGCGACCUCGGUCAUUUUGCAAGGCGGAAAGAAGCAGAAGAAAACCCUUUUCCUACUACCAGACGGCUCCGGGUCGUGCACUUCAUACACGGCUCUUCCCACUAUCUCCCCGGAUCUGUGCGUCGUCGGUCUUAACUGCCCGUACAUGAAGACUCCUGAAGCCCUGACGUGCAGCCUCCUGGACCUUGUGGGUCUGUACGUCGCCGAGAUCCGCCGUCGCCAGCCCGAAGGCCCGUACACUCUGGCCGGCUGGUCCGCGGGCGGGAUCCUGGCCUACGAAGCCGCGCAGCGACUCGUUGACGCCGGCGAGACGGUCGAAGGGUUGAUGAUCAUCGACUCGCCGAACCCGAUCGGGAUCGAGAAGCUGCCGCCGCGAUUCUAUGAGCUGCUGAGUGCGGCGGGCAUCUUCGGGGGCGAGGGCGGGAAGGGAGCGCCCGCGUGGCUGGUGCGGCACUUCCUCGCGACGGUCGAGGUCUUGGACCAGUGGAAACCAGGUCCGUUCCGCGGCCGGGCACCCGCGACGAGCAUCAUCUGGGCCAAGCAGGGCGUCAUCCGGGAGACGAACCAGGAGCCGCAGCCUGGGGACACGAGAGAGAUGCGCUGGUUGCUGGAGGACCGCAAGGAGGAGGUCUUGGGCUACAAUGGCUGGGACGUUCUACUGGCAAAGAGUAUUGUUUCCGUGGCGUGCAUGGAUGAGGCCCAUCAUUUCAGUAUGGUGAAGGCACCGCAUGCCGCUGUCCUGGCGGAUUUAAUACGCAAGGCGUUGAGCUAG